AUGCCGGAAACCAGCGAAAAUGCCGAAAAGCUAAAAGCGUUAUCCACCCGAAAGUCCAGACUUCGUUCUUCACUGACUAGAAGUAUGUCAUACGUAAGUGAGAAGCUGGCGACGGCAGAUUUUAACGAAGUUAAAGUGAAAUUGACAAUGGUCGAAGAUAUAUAUAAAAAUUAUCUUGCUUUACUUGACGAAUUCGACAACUUCGAAGUUCCGGAUCUGGACCCUUUCAUAGAAAAAUUCGAAGAUGACUACAUCGCCAUUAAAGGUAAAUUAGAAAGCAGUAUCGAAAAAUUCUCUAAUAGCAGUGCUGUUCCAGGUUUUAAAAGACAGUGUACAACUGAAUCUGGUGGUAGCGGUAGUUGUUGUUCUUCUUCAAAAGCUACGAUUAAGUUACCAAAGUUGGAGUUGAAGAAAUAUGGUGGUAAUCUACUUGAAUUCGAAUCGUUUUGGUCUUCGUUCAACUCAGCUGUACAUAAUACUGAUUUAGAAGCAACUGAUAAAUUUACGUACUUGAGAAAUAACCUGGUAGGCGAAGCUGAAUUAUUGUUGAAAGGUAUGGGUACCACUGCUGCAAACUAUCCAAUCGCAUACGAAAUGGUAAAAAAGAAGUUUGGUAAUAAAAAGAAAUUAAUUGAUUUAUUAUACGAUAAUUUAACGAAAAUUCCAAAAAGUAACAAAUGGACUAAAAAUUUGCGAAAUACUUACGAUAAUAUUGAAUCGAAUUUACAUGCUUUAGAAGGUGUAGGUGAAAAUAUUCAAAACAACACCAUACUGUACUCGAUGAUUAUGAAGAAGUUUCCAUUUGAUAUAAUUAUGAAAGCCGAUUUGGAUGUUGCAAGUAACGAUUUAUCCGAAUUGAGGCAGAAAGUUGGCGAAUUGAUAUGGAAACAAGAGCAAUAUUGUGGUACUACAGAGAGCUUGAUAACUGGUGAUAGAAAACCGAGUAAAAAAUGUAUCUAUUGCGGUGAAACGUCACAUUAUUCCGAUGAAUGCAGCAAAAUAACGACAUUGGAAGACCGAAGAAAGAAAUUGAAUGGUCGUUGCAUCAUUUGUUUGAAUCCUGGUCAUCUCGCUAAAGACUGUACGGUAAACAAACCAUGUGUACAUUGUAAGAAACGUCGUAGUCAUCAUCGUAGUUUAUGUAUUAAAUUAUUUUCAAAAGAAGUUAGUAAUCCUGAACCAACUGAAUCUUUACUAAUGAAAGAUCAAGAAGGUAACCUGUUAGCAGCCACAAUCAACGUUGGUAAUGAAAGUCGUGUUCAGAAAGUUACCUCAAUUCUGGAUAGCGGUUCAAGAAGAUCGUACAUUACUACGAGGUUGGCCGAUAAAUUAAAAUUGAAGCCUCUUCAUUAUGAAACGAUUAGAAUUUCUACGAUUUGUUCCGAAGCUCCUCGAGAAAUUUCAACCAAGGUCGUUAGUUUAGAUAUUUUUACAAAUGAUGGUGAAAAAAUAAAAAUCACUGCAAAUACGAUACCUAAAAUUAUUAAUCGAAUAAAUCACCACGAUAUUAAGUUAGAUUCCAGAUUCAAGAAAUUCAAGCUCGCUGAAGUUGAUAAAAAUCUUGUACCUGAACUCCUGAUUGGAAAUGACUACAUGUUCGAUUUUAUGGUCAUGGAAAAAGUAAUUAUUGAUGAUUCAACUUCGUUAAUCAAUUCGAAAUUUGGAUGGCUGGUUGUUGGUCGAAUCGAUAAAAACCACGAAACUCCAGUUUUCUUCUCCGAGAUUGAAAUGGUAGAAAACCUAUGGAAAUUAGAUGCGAUUGGGAUAGAUGAUUCAACCUCAGUGGAGGAUAUUGGCGAUGAACUUGCGGUAAAAAGUUUUUAUGAUAAUAUAGAAUUGAUAGAUAAUCGUUAUGAAGUAGCUUGGCCCUGGAAAGAGUACCCUCCUGAUUUAAAAUCGAACAAAGGGCUCGCCUACGGUCGUUUGAAAUCUCAGAUGAGAAAAUUCGAAAAGAACAAAGAAUUAUUCGACGAAUAUGACAAAGUGAUCGAAUACUAAGAGUC